AUGCCAAGGAUUAAGAAGUCCGCUUUGACUGCCCAGAAGCCAUUUCCAGUUCUCAGCUUGCCUCCAGAAAUUCGCAACCACAUCGGGAGAUAUGCUGUUGUCAAGGACGAAAAUGUCACUGUCCGGCCACAUGGACGCCAGAAAUCCAUCCAGGGUCUAGUACCGAGCUGCUUGCGAUCUGGCAAAGAACUCCAGCGGCAUCGGGAAGACGAUGAGCGAAGGACCAAUUCGACGCCACUUGCACUCGCUUUCACCUCCCGGCAGCUCUAUCUAGAGGUGACUCCAAUCUACUACGGCGAGAUUAGCUUCUACUUCCAAAAUUUAUGGUCUUUCACUUCAGCGGAAUCAACGCUCGAAAAUUUCACAGCAGCUAUUGGGCCUCGAAAUGCUAGCAACAUCACUGCCGCCUAUUUCGACACGCUCUCUUGCCCCUUGAAUCAAUACCUUUCUGUGCUUACCGGUCUCAAGCAGCUCACAGUCUACCCGCCUCCCUGUGCUUUUGUUUCUACACCCUACAUCACAUUAUGGCGCUCUCAGAUGAGCAGACAAACAAAAGGCCUGUGCGUCAAAAACGUGGGCCCCACCCACAUACCAUAG